GUUUCCUCUCAAAAAACCUACAAGACACGGCAGCAUUCUGAGCAGAGAGUCUCCAGCUGACAAGAAACAGAAGGUUGAACGCUGCAGUAGUACGCACGACUUUGAUCCGACAGAUAGCUCCUCCAAGAAGACAAAGUCUAGUUCAGAGGAGAGUAGAUCCGAGACAUAUGGUCUUGUUCAACGGUGUGUUGUUAUCCAGCGGGAUGAAAACGGAUUUGGGCUGACAGUCAGCGGAGACAAUCCAGUCUUCGUGCAGUCCGUCAAAGAAGAUGGAGCAGCCAUGCGGGCUGGAGUGCAAACAGGUGAUAGAAUUAUCAAGGUGAAUGGCACUCUUGUAACACACUCAAACCAUUUGGAGGUGGUAAAGCUGAUCAAGUCGGGUUCCUAUGUAGCUCUCACUGUUCAGGGGCGCCCACCGGGGUCGCCCCAGAUUCCAUUAGCUGAUUCUGAAGUGGAUCUGGCAGCAUUUGGGCAUAUGUCUCCCAUCAUGACAUCUCCCCAUUCACCUGGCACAUCAGGAAAUGCAGAAAGGAUUACUAGCCCAGUGCUUGUGGGGGAGGAGAAUAAUAUUGUCCACAACCAGAAGGUGGAGAUUCUGAGAAAGAUGCUACAGAAGGAGCAGGAGCGGCUGCAGUCUCUGCAAGAAGAGUAUAGCCGAUCACCCACCACACGACUGCUCAAAGAGAUACAGGAAACGAAGAAGCAUAUUCCUCAGCUGCAAGAGCAGUUGUCCAAAGCCACAGGCUGUGCUCAGGAUGGAGUCUUGUCCUCCAGGUCUGUGACGGAAUCGCUGCAGAUCAGUGAAGCGGAGGCAGAGAGUGGGGAUUGUGUGAGCAAACUGGAUUACAGUGGUGACAGCCCCUCCCGACCAAACAGUGACAUCGCUGAUAGUCCUCGCAGUGGCUUGAAGGAGCGGAUUUAUCCAGAUGAGAGCCCAGAAAAGACUGAGGUUCAAGAUACUGAUUCCCAGUCCAGUGUUGGAAGUCCUUUAUCCCGCGUGGGGCCUCAGAUCAUUGGAGCAGAGGAUGAUGACUUUGACACUGAACAAGAGCAGAUUAAUGGACAAUGCAGCUGUUUCCAAAACAUUGAGCUCCUGAAAUCUCGCCCAGCUCACCUGGCUGUUCUUCUGCAUCAUGUGGUGUCCCAGUUUGACCCUGCAGCAUUGUUGUGCUACCUUUACACAGACUUGUACAAGCAGACCAACUCCAAAGAGACUCGGCGUGUCUUCCUUGAGUUUUACCAGUUCUUCUUGGACCGAGCUGCAAAUCUAAAAGUUCAAGUUCCAGAUGAAAUCUCCUUGGAACUAGACAGACGAAGGCCAGAACUCCUUCCUGAAGAGCUUCAUCGCCAGUUUAUACAAACUAUGCAAGAUAAAGUCUGUCCAGAAGUUCAAAGGAAUCUGGAGGAUUUCAGGCAGAAACGUAGUAUGGGAUUGACCCUGGCAGAAGGAGAGCUAACCAAGCUGGAUGCAGAAAGGGUUCGUGACCGGAAUGCAGUGGAGAAGGAAAGAGCAUGUGCAGAGCAGAUUAUUGCUAAAAUCGAGGAAGUCUUGAUGACAUCUCAGCCUUUGGAAGAAGACAAGAGUUCCACAAUGCAGUAUGUGAUUCUUACUUACAUGAAACACCUGGGAGUCAAAGUUAAAGAACCUCGGAACCUGGAGCAGAAGCGUGGCCGUAUUGGUUUCUUGCCAAAGAUCAAGGUACAAAGUAUCAAGAAAGAGAAAGAAGGAGAGGAAAAAGGAAAGAGAAGAGGCUUUCCUAAUAUUCUGGGCCCACCAAGGAGACCGAGUCGACAUGAUAGCAGUGCAAUUGGCAGAGCCAUGGAAAUGCAGAAGCCCCGCCACCCAAAGCACUUACCUACAGCAUCUUCUGUUAGCCCAGAGCCGCCAGAUUCUAGCAAGAUGCGCCAGAGUGGGUCCUCCAGUGAUGGAACAGAUGCGCCAUACCCAGCUGCCAACCCGAUGUCUCCUGUGGCAAUGGGUCCCUUUUCCUCUCCAGAGGGAAGCAAGGACAGCGAAACAGGUUUGAAGCAGACUGGAGAAGCUCCACCUGCUAAUGACUGUAUGGAUGGCACACCCCGCACACCUAAUAAUACCUUUGAAUUCCCAUCUCCUUUGGAAAACUUGCAGGAGGAGGAGGGAGAAUCAGAGAGAAUGGUUGACAUGGGAACACCAAAGCCUUUUCGCAAGAUGGACAGUGUUGGUUUCACAGAUGUACAAAGUGAAGAUGAGCUAUACGAUUUUGACAUGGACAUGGACCCUCCCAACUGGCAGCAACUUGUGAGCCGAGAGGUGUUGAUGGGGCUGAAACCCUAUGAAAUCAAGUGCCAAGAAGUGAUUAAUGAAUUGUUUUACACCGAGAGAGCUCAUGUCCGGACGCUGAAGGUUCUGCAUAAUGUCUUCUACCAGCGUGUCACCCGGGAAGGGAUCCUGAACUCUAGUGACAAACGGAAAAUCUUUUCAAAUCUGGAGGAUAUCCUUGGACUUCAUGUUGCAUUGAACGAUCAGAUGAAAGCUGUCCGAAAAAGGAACGAGAGUUUUGUUAUUGGCCAAAUUGGGGAAGACUUGCUUUCCUGGUUUAGUGGACCAGCAGAGGAGAAGCUGAAACAUGCAACUGCCACUUUCUGCAGUAACCAGCCCUUUGCUCUAGAGGUCAUCAAGUCACGCCAGAAGAAGGACUCUCGCUUCCAGACUUUUGUGCAGGAUGCUGAGAGUAAUCCACUGUGUCGCCGGUUGCAGCUGAAGGAUAUCAUUCCCACAGAGAUGCAGAGGUUGACUAAGUACCCCCUUCUGCUGGAUAAUAUUGCUAAGUACACAGAACUGCCUGAAGAGAAAGAGAAAGUGAAGAAAGCAGCAGAUCAUUGUCGUCAGAUCCUUAACCACGUGAACCAGGCUGUCAAAGAGUCUGAGAACAAGCAGCAUUUGGAAGAUUAUCAGCGUCGUCUCGACCUGUCCUACUUGAAGCAGUCUGAGGAUCCCAUGAUGGAUGAGUUCAGGAACUUGGAUCUAACGAAGAGAAAAAUGCUUCAUGAAGGACCUCUAACUUGGAAGGUUAAUCGUGACAAAACUAUCGAUCUCUACACUCUGCUUCUGGAGGACAUUCUGGUGCUGUUGCAGAAACAAGAUGAUAAACUGGUACUGAAGUGUCACAGUAAAAUCUUGGCAUCGACAGCUGACAGUAAACACACCUUCAGUCCUAUCAUCAAAUUGAACACUGUUCUGGUUCGUCAGGUGGCAACAGAUAACAAAGCUUUCUUCGUCAUCUCCAUGUCAGAAAAUGGCGCUCACAUUUAUGAACUGGUGGCACAGACUGUUUCAGAAAAGAAUGUAUGGCAGGACCUUAUAGCUCAGAUGGCAGGGACUGUAAAAAUGGGGAGUACCAGAAGAGUGAUUCCAUUACCACAGUCGGGACCUGGCGAAGAAGACCGUGAAGAAGAGGAGCAGCAGAAGCUCAAAGAGCAGCAUGACAUUCCUGCCAGUAGUCUACAAAGUCCAGAUAAAGAUUUGGGCCUCGAAUCUCCCUUAAUACUGAAUGCUCAGUUGUCUUCACCCAUCAUGUCUGAAAAAUCCAAGGUAGAAAGUUUUCUUGUGUCAGAAAGACAGUUUGAUAAGGUGCAGCAGGCAGACCUGACACUUAAAGAUUCUUCUGCAUGCUAUGAACACACAACCACCAGUUUACCUUCGGUAUCAGAAGGGCAGUGGGCAUUGGAUGCAUUAAGGAACUUGGGCUUGCUGAAACAAUUGUUGGUACAGCAGCUUGGCUUUUCUGAGAAGGGGACCCUUGAAGACCGGCAGCGCUUUCCCAGGUUUAGGACCAUUUCUGAAGAAGCCCAAACAGAGAGUGGAAAUGAGCCCGGACUACAGCACUCUGCCAAUAACAAAUUUCACCAGCCUGGGACAGACAGAGUGCUUCUGAGAACCGGAACUAAUGAGUCCACAGCUAGUUAUGGCCUCCGGACUUCAGCUGAAUCGCCAGCUUCAGGGGAUGCCAUGCAGCUGAUAGUGAGAGACCCCAGAUCAAGUAGUAACUUAGCAAUAGACCGCAUGAGUGUGAAUCUGGAGAUCUCAACCACAGAGCUGGAAGGGGUGGGUGUUGAUGAAAGUGGGGAGCAUUUUUUUGAUGCUCGAGAAGCUCACAGUGAUGAAAAUCCAUCUGAAGGUGAACUGAUGGAAAGGAAGGAGGAAGAGGAUGUGCAAAUACGGAUCUCAGGAAAUUAUUUGAUUCUUGAUGGAUAUGGAACAGUGCAGGAGAGCUCCACAGAUGAGGAGGUAUCAUCUCUAGUUCUCCAGUGCACUGCAGGUGGCCGCACCUCUUUGGACUCUGCACAGCAGCAGCCGCUUUCCCCACGGGACACCCAGUCGGAUGGAGGAAGCUCCCCGUUUGCUGAGGAGAUGAUGGCCUCACGCUGGGGGGGAGUGGAAGAGUCCUGCUCAUUCGUAGCAAGCCCUCACUUCUCUUUAGAGUCACGUGUGCAGAUGAUGCAGUAUAUUCAGAAGAUAGAGGAUGACCUUGAAAAGUUAAAGGAGGUUGAGGAAGACUACACCAUUCUCCGACGCCAAGGGCUGGCUGGAUCAGCCUCCACAGGAGAGCACUCAGACAAAAGCUAGUCAUGUUUUCAGGAAUGGCUGAAGAUUGGAUGAAGAGUAUCAGGACACAGCACCCGCUGUCUUCCUUGUGGACUCUGAGACAAGAGGGUUUGGACCAUCCAGACAUGAACCAUACUCCAGCAAAGUGGGCAUGGGGUGCUUUUCCUGUGGGGCAUCUGCACUAUCUUGUCAGUGAGGGAGUCUAUUCUGCUCCUCUCCUUGCUACCAGAAAUUCAUUUUUCAGAACAGAAAAACCAAACCAAAUGUACAGAGCUUUGGGUGUAGGAUAUAAAAAUGUAUUUAGACAUUUAAAAAAAAAAAUCAAUGUAUUUAUUUGACUUCAUUCCGUGUAUCAAAAGCACAUUUUAAUUUUUUAAUCUGCCUUUUUUGUUCUAUUUUAAUUGGGUAGUGACAGUUCUAGCCCUCUGCAUAUAGUACACCCUGCUUGCCACUGCUCCUGAACCAAAGGUCAGGUCUGAGGGGAGAGGGCGUGCCUAUGUGCAAGUGUAUCUUUACUUCACUGGACUGGACUCUGCACUCCCUGCUGGCAAUCAAACUGCCAUGCGAAGAGCUACUUAUGAAGGUGUUAGGAUGACUUGUGGCUGGAACUAUCUGUAUUCAAUGAUUGCAUGGGAACUGCUUAUGUCACCACAUGUGUAACAAGAAUUCUCCAUGCGCUAAAUAGCCAGGCACUUGAUGGGCAAAUUUUCUUUUUCCCCUCUCCUAUUAGGGGUCUCCUUUGUUGACAUGCAAGAUUAGACUGGGAGAGGAGAAAGAUAGGUUUAAUUUUUUCUUCACUUUGUUGGCUUUGAUCAUUGUCUCCUUUGUAAAGAGAUAAAAAUACUUGGACCUGCAGCACUUUCGUAACUCUUCUCUGGAUCAAAAAGAAAAAAUGCAAACCCAGAAGUGUUUCAAAGAUGUGGGGCAGAUCUGCCCCUGAUUCACUACUGAAUGAAUAAGGGCUGCCAUUUGAGUUAGCCACAGGUACUGCUGAUUAUAGGGCCAGUAAGUUUUAGUACCUGAAAGUAUGUCUUGCUGAGAGCUUGGGGUGGGUUUGGGGGUUUUUUGGGGGGUGGGGUUGGGUUGGGUUUGUUUUUUUUUUUUUUUAAACGGAUUUGUGCCAAUGUGUUCUCACUGAAACAGAGAUGUGCAAAACAAAGAAGGCUGAAACAGCUCUUUAGUACUUCCUUAGGCCUGUUCUAAUGGGUUUUGCUGUCAGAAUUCCUUCUAGUCUGGGAACAAGAUGGUAAAUAUCAGGCUACCAGCAGAGCUAACACUGGACAGCCUAAGCUGUCCCUGGUAUCACAGACACUGUGAAUAGGACUGCUAGUGGAAAGUGUUUAAGGGACUCUCUUUCGCACCCUCUUCCCAAGUUUUAAACUAUUUAAUGAACCCAAACUGAACAGCAUGCCCAACCUGUAAAUCCCAUUAAGACGUCAGAACUGCUAUAGCGUUGUUUGCAUCACUGCGUGCAUCAUGAAGUACUGAGAAUCUGUCUUUGGUCAGCAUAAAGCUCAUACCCCCUGCUCCUUUAAAACAAGUGUUUUCUCUUUAGCUACUGGCAAGAAAUCAGAUCUAUCCUUUGCCUACUCAGGUAGGAAAAAAACAGUUCUUGUUCUUCCCGUUAGAAAUAUGCAAGGGACAAGUUCAUGUAAAGAUUGACAGAGGUUGAGCAGAAAUUAUUUUGGGCCUGAUGUGAAAGUUGGAGCCAUGAGCCCUUAUAGAGUAGGGAGGAGUUUCUCAUGUUUUAAGAGUGGAUUGCACAAAGUAUCAUUUUUCACCAGUGGAGCAUUAUACUGCCAACACAAGCCAAAGUGUUCUCUUCCAGGCUGGCAGGAGCUGCUUCUUCCUUGGGACCCACCAAGGCCUGUCCUGUUGCACCUGUAUGAGUAUACUGUCAGUAUUAGCUGAGCACUUCCAUUCUUAUGUGGGUGGGAUCUCCCCUCCUCACCUUCAGCCAUACGGUUCCUUUGGUUAUAAACAUCUAGAUUUCCUCUGAUAAGCCCCCAAACUAGAAUGCUGCCUCAUACGGAUGUGGCAUCUUUUACCUGAUCCUGCCAGAAAAAGAACUGAGAUAAAGCCAGACUUGGUGUUUAAUGCCCUUUUCCCCUUAAAUAAAAGGACCCCAACUCCUCUUCAUCAGUUGGCAUGAUGUUUGCCAGGGUCCACACACUCCAGAAAGGGGAGCAGCUAUUAUGACCUUAGCUGUCUAAAAGCUUUCCAGCAGGCUUCCAUGGUUGAUUCAAAAUUACCACUGAAUUCUAAGAGAGAGACCUCAGUCUGGCUUUUCAAGAGUAUGCUGGAAGACCAGCAACGAUGGGACCUGUUAAGGCCUGGUUGCUUAAUACUCCUUCCUUGUGACUGAAGACAAAAUCCUUGGUUCUCUGGUUUUCUCCAAGUUGCAUGAAUUUCAAGGCUCACGGUGAACAACAUACUGCAGAGAAGCAUAUAGCUGUUCAGAUGGGCCAUGGGGGAACAGUCUGCCCCUGCUGCCUCUGACUUUCACCUUUGCAUAAGCAUUUUGUAGCAUCAUCCACCACUACAUUGUUUCAUCUCUAAUAGAUGUAGCAGCAGUGAAAAAGCUGGGAAUGGGAGUAUUUAGGUUGCCAGGUCAUCCUUACAUUUCUGCCUCCAGAGCUGCUGGAGUGGAAUCUUCCCCACCAUCCCCUAAUGCUACCUUGGACGUAAUGCACUGGGAGGACAGGUGCGGUUCUGUCUUGUCACUUCUCAAGAUGUAUAAGGGGAAGCGCUUUGUGCCAGGCUAAUGGGGAUGGCAGAGAAGCCUUUGUGCUAGAUGAAAUGGACAGUCUCCAGAGCAGGAGAUUGCAGAGAGCUUUAAGGAAUGUUAGAGAAGACCAACCUAUGUGAACCCAGUUUUAUGGGCAAUAUAAACAACACACUGUGCUCUGUCCUGUUUGUUUUUUGUUUCAGCUGGCCACCUUAUGCUACACUGGUCAUCCUUACAAAUAGGGCAUUACUCCUCUAGAAAAAUGAUGGUGGGGUCAGGGAUCCAUUAUCUUCUGAGAGCAGUAACCUGAAACAAUAGGGGAUUCCUUUUUCCUCUCUAGCACAUCUACUGUAUGGCAGACUUCAGGCCAUGUCUCGCUGUGUGGAAGGAGCUGGAACUCAAAUGUGCUAUUCAGGAUUCUCACUUUUUUUCCCCCUUUAAGCCAUAAGAUACCCCUUUUUAAAAUUUCAGUUUCUAGUGUAAGGAAGCGUUUUAAUUUGCCCCUGGUUGGUAAUUGAUUGCAUUCCCUUAUUCAAACUGGAUAGCAGAGCAGGACAAUGUUCUCUGGUUUGUUUGCCCCAGCCCCUCCUCCCCAGUGUUUUGGGUUUUUUUCUUCCCCAAAUACAAGAUGAGCAAGGGUUUCUUAUCUUGGGAACAAAGAUGUAGUAUAGCAAACAUUCUUGCAUAUCCUUCUGAGAAGUGAUUUCUCUUCUGCUGUUGCAGGAUGUAGUUCAUGGACGAGCAAAAAAGUGAGAUGGCUACUUUCUGGAACGGGGUACUUCCUUCUCCUGUAGAGGGGUAGAAGAGCAAAUGCUAAGCCGGUGUUUGAUCACUCUGGUUUCUUGAGCAUACCUUGUCUGUAGGGAAGGGAGAUUUCUUUAAUAUCCUGUAGGUGGGAUCAGAAAGAAGGAUGAGGAAUGUAAACCUCAGGAGCUAAGAAGUCUAGAUGGUUUUGGUCAGCUUUCAGACAGCACUAUGGCUAUUUCCAGUGUUUUCAUAAAACUUAGAUAUUCUGAUUUACAGAUACUGUCCCUGUUAUUAGAAGAGGGGUCUGAUGCUUCAGCAAGUGACCCUUGAUUAUAAUCGCAGUGCUUGAUGGUAUCUGGUAUUGUUUUCUUACUCUGUUCCCCAAAGAAAUCCCUUAAUUCCCUCCCCUAAAGGUGCCAACUGACAAGCAGAUGUACUGCAAAAGGGAUACUGCAGCCAAAACACUGCUGUUUUAUUUUGAAUUAAGUCUUGUGGAGCUCUCUUCAUACUAGAAUAUUUUUAUUUUCUUUGUACAACAUACAAUCAUGUACUCUUAACAGAGAUUUACUUUAAAGAGAAGAAAAAAAUCUGGAAGUAUUCUUUAAAAAAUACACAAAAAUCUUUAUUAAUAAUCCUGUAUUUUUACUGAUCAUGUUUGAAUGUCUAAAAAGACUUUAUUGUUCUAAUUAUCCAGAUGUAUGUUUGUAAAAUAGCUCUUUUAUGACUUAGCUGAUAAGGUUGUAUGUUUCUGGAAUUAAAUAUUGGUCACUUAAAAAAAGACUGUUUUCAGGAUCUGGGAAAUAGAAAAUUUAAGCGUUUCAAAUAUCAUUAAAUAAGCUUAAAGUAAAUAA